GUCGACGUGGUGAGGUUUGGAACCACCACUCGGUUGUGCACUUUUCACCAUGGUUGAGACGCGCAGUGGGAAGGACACUAGCCCCUACACCAAGGAGCAGCAAGAAAAGAUGGCCGCCUUAGUUAAGGAGAAUAGGGAGAGAAAAGAGCACGAGAAGCAAGCGAAGUUAAAGGCGAUUGCAGAGAAACAGGCGGCGAAGAUGAAGGAAUUAGAGGAGGAGAUGGAGAAAAAGAAGAAGGCUGCUGAAGAAGAAGCGGCAGCAGAAGAAGAAAAAGAGAGAAUGAGGAUUGAGAGUGGAGAAGGGAGCAAAGGUGGCACGAUGAAGAGGGAUACAAACGUUGAGAUUGAGAAGAAGAUAAGCGAGUGGGUCGCUAAUUUAUCGUUGAGAGAAGAUGAGGAGGUAGAGUCCUAUGUGACUCAGGAUGAGAGGGAUGCACUAGCCAGCGAGCUAGCAACAAUGACAGACCCUAUGGAACGACGAGAAAGGGAGGAGGAGCAGAAAUUGGCGUGGAAGCUGAGGAUGAAAAGGGAGAAGAAGAGGAGGAGAGAAGAAGUGAGCAAACGGACCGCGGAGGUGGCAAAGGUGCAGGAAUGUAGAAAGGAAGUGUUGGCCCAGCCGGAUGACAAGGCCAAGUGGGAUAAGGUGCUGGGCUACCUAGAGGUGUUGAGCAAAGCCUGGAUGGAGGAGCGCCAGGCCAGUUGGAGCCAAGACGUAGCGUUGAGCGCCAUGCGGUCGGGGUUCAGAGACUUUGCGCGCGAGAUCGUCACCCACAUUGGGGGCGAAGUAAGGCAACUAAGGGACAACUUAGGGAAGUUUUGUGAGGGCGCUAUUGAGGGCGCCAAAGCCAUAGCCGUUGUAGAAGGCGAGGCCAGGCCUCACAAGGACCCAGUUAAGCUUAAAUUCCCGGAGGCUUAUGGAGGGAAGAAGGAGGAGAACUUGGACAACUGGGAGGCCAGUGUCAACAGUUACAUUUAUUUGCAGCGUAUCCUAACAGAGGAGCAAGUCCUCGUGGCCUUCCAGGCCCUCAAAGAUGAAGCGGCUAGUUUCGCUAGGUUCCUUGCGCGCGCAGCCGGUUGUGAGAACAACCUGGUUGCUUACUCCAAAGUCACCCCCCUUCCUCAAUUCCUCAAGCUCUUGAAGGAGCGGUUUGCAGACCCAACGAGAGGCGUUCGCGCCUCUGAUAAGCUGCAAACGACAGCGGAGGAGUGCAAGAGCACUCAAGGGUACCAUGGACGACUUGGUAGCCAUAACACCUUGGCACAUUGUUGUCUUAGUGCUCCCGCGUUCGCGCGAUUAGUGAAAAAGGAGCAGUUAGAGGACCAGGUCUUUGUAGUUUAUGUCAGACCUGUCACUGAGGCCAGGAAGGAAGACAGUUCCACAGAUCCACCGAUUGCCAAGCUACUGGAAGAGUUCAAAGAUUUGACUGAGUCGCCGACAGGAGUAGUGUCGCGACCCAUCCAGCACAGGAUAGAGAUAGAGCCUGGCAGUAGAACUCCUAAGGGCGCAGUUUACAGGAUGUCCCCUAGAGAGUUAGAGGAGCUUCGCAAGCAGUUAGACGAACUCCUCGAGAGAGGUUGGAUCAGGCCCAGUUCGUCUCCUUUUGGAGCACCAGUUUUAUUUGUCCCCAAAAAGGAAGGAGAGCUUCGUAUGUGUAUAGACUAUAGGGGUUUGAACGCGAUUACUGUGAAGAGUGUUGAGUCACUGCCCAGGAUAGACGAUCUUUUAGAUCGGGUGCAGGGUUGUAAGUAUUUCUCCAAGAUAGACUUGAAGUCCGGUUAUCAUCAGAUAGAUAUCCAUCCUGAUGACCAGUACAAGAUUGCGUUCCGGGCUAGAUACGGGCACCAUGAGUUUAUAGUGAUGCCCUUUGGACUAACCAAUGCGCCAGCCACUUUUCAGCGUCGUAUGAAUGAUUUGUUCAGACCAUGGUUAGACAAGUUUGUAGUAGUUUAUCUAGAUGAUAUCCUAGUUUUUAGUAAGACCCUCCAGGAGCACCAGGGUCAUGAGAGGCAGGUCUUGGAGAAGCUACGAGAGGCUAACUUCAAGAUCAACGCAAAGAAGUGCGAGUGUGCCAAGACACAAGUCCUGUACUUGGGCCACGUGUUGGACGGAGAUGGCAUUAAGCCAGAGGACAGUAAGAUAGCGACGAUUAGAGAUUGGCCGACGCCCCGCACACUGACAGAGUUGCGGUCGUUCCUAAGCUUAGCUAACUACUACAGGAAGUUCAUGCGGAACUUCUCCACUUUCGCCGCUCCCCUUCGCAGGUUGCUUAAAAAAGAGGCAAUCUGGCAAUGGGACAAAGAUUGUACGUAUGCGCUAAAGAGAUUGAAGCGCGCACUAAUAGAGUACCCUGUCCUCAAAGUAGCAGAUCCGUCUUUGCCAUUUGUCGUCACCACGGACGCAAGUCAGUAUGGGAUAGGUGUCGUGUUGCAGCAGGAUGACGGCAAUGGCUAUAGACCCGUAGAGUUCAUGUCCGCGAGGAUGCCCUCAGAGAAGGUAGCCACCUCGACGUACGAGAGAGAACUCUACGCUCUCAGGCAGGCUCUAGACCACUGGAAGCAUUACCUGCUUGGGAGGCACUUCAAAGUGUAUUCUUACCACGAGACCCUUAGAUGGUUGAAGACUCAGGCCAAGAUGACACCUAAGUUGCCUAGGUGGGCCGCAAAGAUAGACCAAUAUGACUUUGAGCAUAAGCCAGUGAAGGGCAAGUACAAUGUAGUUGCGGAUGCUCUAAGUAGAAGAUCGGACUACUUUGGAGCUAUAGUACACUAUCUGGAUAUAGGGAGAGACCUGCAGGAGAAAGUGAAGCAAGCGUAUGCGCAGGACCCUAUCUAUAGCGACCUCCUAAAGAGAGUUAGAGAGGCCCCAGAGACUGAGCCAGAUUACCGCACUACAGAGGGAUUACUGUUUGAGAAGACUAAUGUAUUUGACCGCCUAUGCGUUCCCAACAACGAAGAGAUUCGUAGUUUGAUUUUAGGGGAAUGCCACGAUACCGAGGGACAUUUCGGUUGGCAAAAGACUCUAGCCAAUCUAAUGCAUGCGUAUACCUGACCGAGAAUGAAGAAUGACUGCAUAGAGUAUGUCCGCAGUUGUAAAGUUUGCCAAAGGAAUAAGACGACUACGCGUGCCCCCCUAG